CCACUGAAAAAAAAAAGAGAGAAAAAAAUUAAUUAUUAUUAUUGUUACUAAUAAUAAUAAUAAGGGGCGCGGUGCGGCCAUGCCCGUCCCUCCGGCUGGGGAGUCCCCGCAGGGGAGCGGGGCCCGCCGGCCGCGGGGCUCCUCCGCCCUCCCCCUGCCUGCCUACCGCCUAACCAGCCCCCUCCCCGCUCUUCUCCCCCCUCCUUCCCCCGCUGUGGCAAAUCCUGAACCGCAAGAGAUCCGCUGGGCAUAGGGAGGGGAUAUAUAUAUUUUUUUCUCUCUCCCCCCCCCCUCCUCCCGCCGCCCCCCUCCACUCAAGACCUGAGGAAAUCCAGCCCAAGUUCGCCGCGAUGACUGUGCUGCUGGCAUCGGGGUUUCUCCGCGGCAUCCCUGCCUCUGGACCGCCUCGCCGCUGCUCGCUUUGAAUCCUGAACACUGGGUUAAAGCUUAAUUCUCAUGUCGUGGUUGCUGGGCUGCUGCUUUCCUGUGUUUGGCGAUGGGAGGUGGAGGAAAAGGGAUUGUCCGUGAGUCAACACUGAAAAUGUGAUUAGGAGGAACUGCUUUCACUAAUCUGUGUCUAACCUUUUAGUCCAUGUUGGCCUGUGACCCCUUUCAGCUUUCAGAUCGAGCCUGAUUAGGUAAGUGUAAAUUAUUCACUCGGGGCGAGGGAAGGUGGAUGGAAACCUUUUACUCAGAGACUUACCUACGAUCCUGGCCUCUCUCAUGAUGAGAAAUGAUGAGAAAGUUCAGCUGUAAACUAAUUCUCAGCAAAGCAGCAUUUGUUUACUUGUUGAAAUCUGUCCGUACGAGGCGUCUGCAGUCUGUCUGAUUUCCAGGAUCGCCGCUGAGCUGAGUGCCUGUGAGUUGCUGUGGGACGUCUCAGAUGACUACAGGCUGUAGCAAAAUAUAGCGGUCUUAUUUAUGAUCUUCAGAGAACUUUUUUUUUUUUUUUAAUUCGGAGAGCUUCCUCAUCACACUUCAGCACAUUGCCCUGAUUGUUUCACAAUUCCUCAGACAUUAAUUACUUCAUUUGCUCCUGCUUUUUGAUUUUUUUCCCCCUAAAUACCCACCAAUCUGCAAUAUUGCAAGCUACCUGUAGCAUUUAGGUGGGCAAGAUUCCCUGCUCUGGAGAUGGGUAAAGCAGCUGCAGCUGCAUGAAUCGCCUGAUUCCCAAACAACACGUUACGACAGAUAUUGCUGAUAGUUGUAAGAGGCUGCAUAGCCCUUGUGAUGGGAAAGGAGCUAGUCCUUCAAUUAAGAAGAUGUCUUUUGAAUUUGAUAAAGCUUGUGUAAUAUCCGGUGUCUCCCUCUGUUGUGGCUUUGGAAAAACUGCUUUGUCAACAGGAUCCCUUAGCUGCUUCUCUAGGAUUAAAGCCUUCUCCUGCUGCUGCUGCUUUUUUCCUUCAUUUAAGGAGAACUAAUUGCUGAAAAUCUGCAGUCCACCAAAAAUCCCAAUACAGAAAAAAUGCUUCCCUGGGGGUUGGAGGGGGAGGACGUGUUCUCCUGUGUGUGCAGGCUAAUGCAUGUUUGGGCACGGUGCGUGUGUCUGUCUGCACACUGAGAUGGGAGGACGAGAAGCAGUGCCACACACAUCCAAACAAGCCCUUUCUGGUGAGUGCCAGAAACUCCCUCCAUCACCCUCUCUCCCCAUAAGGCUCACAUCUCAUCGAAAAGUUUCCUGUAGUACUUCACCCGGUCCUCAGAUAGGUCAGGAACCAUGCUCCUGCUGGCGCUGUGCUGGCUGCUGGCCGGCGGGUAGGAAGGACGGCGCGCUGGUGGCAGUGAUGUGGCACUGCGGGCAGCCAAUCGCGCACCCAAGGCACAGGCACCGAGCCUGCUUCUGGCACUGGUUCUCCCGGGGGUGAUGCAAAGCUUCUCCCUCCCUGGGUUGCUUCAUGGCUCUGCCACUCGAGCCAAGCUCUCCAAAAGUCUGGCCGUGCUGCAUCGAUCCCCAAGUUUUCCAAAGGCUCCAGCCCAAGCAGACAGACACAUUUCAGCAUCUCCAUGCGCUACGCAGGCAUUUAACAUCAUCCUGCUCUCAGCAUUUCUCCCUGGGAAUUCCUAAAAUGCUGAAUAAUGGGGAAGGUGGAUUACAUCGUGCUUUCUGUUGGGAUUAUAUGGACCUGCCGCAGGCUGGGUGAUGUUGGUAGCCCAGCUAGCCUCCUCAUAGCACAGAGGGACAGUGGCUACAGCAGGAGGUUAAAACCAUGCUUAAACUUGGGUUCAGAUCCCUCGAAACUGCAGUUUCAGGCAGGUACUUUAACUUCUGGUGCAGCAGAAAACUCAACUGCAUGAAUUAGGAAAAUAAAAAUCAGGUGAUUCCCCUGAGCCACCGUUUGUAUAGGGGUAUUUUGUGGGCAUAUGCUUACACGUGUGGCUAAUUGAUGUAUUUCAUGUGCUUUAGUCUCAUUACAAAUAAUUGAGGAGAGGCUUAUUUCAAAUGAAACAGAGAUAGGUAUCUGCAUGGUUUUGUAAGCAGUGAUUUAUUUUUUGGUGGUGGUUGAAAGAAUGGCCUUUAGUAGUCAAUAUCCCUUAGUAUUUUGAGUUUGUUCUCACAUAAAAAUAUUUGUUUUCAGACCACCACACUGUUCUCCUUAUGGAAGCAGCUGUUUCUCUCUGGCAUUGAGACCCCAUGGAGAAGCCGAGGAGGGGGAUGGCUCUACAUAUCCAUGAAGCCUGGAUACUUCUGUUGGUAAUUCCUGGUUUGGUGACUCCAGCUGCCAUCAAUCAUGAAGACUACCCUGCCGACGAAGGGGAUCAGACCUCCAGUAAUGACAACCUGAUCUUUGAUGACUACCGAGGGAAGGGCUGCGUGGAUGACAGUGGCUUUGUGUACAAACUGGGAGAACGUUUUUUCCCGGGACAUUCCAACUGUCCCUGUGUCUGUACUGAGGAUGGACCUGUUUGUGAUCAACCAGAAUGCCCUAAAAUCCACCCAAAGUGUACAAAAGUGGAACACAAUGGAUGCUGUCCAGAAUGCAAAGAAGUGAAAAACUUUUGUGAAUAUCAUGGAAAAAAUUACAAAAUCUUGGAGGAAUUUAAGCCCUCGCCAUGCGAAUGGUGUCGCUGCGAGCCCAGCAAUGAAGUUCACUGUGUUGUAGCAGACUGCGCAGUUCCCGAGUGUGUCAACCCAGUCUAUGAACCAGAGCAGUGUUGUCCGGUCUGCAAAAAUGGAAGUCCUGAAAUGGCCAGAUUUUAAGAUUUAAAACCCCUUCAGUCAAAGUCUAUGCAAUAUGCUGAUUGAUUGUGCAAAUGCAAGUUGAGUGUGACCGGCCAAGAAGAAGACGUAUCUCCCAUGAUGGACUUUGCUGGACUCCACAACCCUCUUUGUAGGUCGGGGAGACCGAAACCAGUAGCAUAGCAUAGCCACGUCACCCUUUGCUCUUGGUGGAUGAAGAAUUGAUGGCAGCCAGCCAGCUUUUUGGGUACUCAGUUGCCCCCACAGCCAGCAGCCCUUUCGGACGGCACGCUGAGGGGCCACGGGAAGGACCUGUUCCUCGUCACGCUGCGUUCACCCAGGGCAUGGGGGCUGGUGGUUGUUCCACAGCUGACUCCUUUUGUGCUGAUGAAAAGAUGCCAGCCCGGAGCAGGAGUCUUCUUCCCUUUUGGACACCAUCCCAAAUCAGGAGUCUCCUGUUUUUUGCAGCACUUGUAGAAGCGGCCUUAACAUUGCAGUGGCAGAGCCCGCUACAUCGAGGCUUCGUGCCUAGCUAUGAAAAUCGAUGCUUAUGGAAGGCUGAACACAAAAGAAAAUUCCUGAGACUACAAAGGAUGCCUUUUUGAUUGUUUGUCAGCUAAUGUUCUUUGUGUUUACCAGCAGGAACAUAAACUGCGGUGCCCUGUUAGCUCAAUUAAAGGAGUGAUUUGAUUACCAACCAAGGAAGAAAGGGAUUGAUUUAAAAGCUGGUAAAAGAUCAAGGCUGAAAACAAGGCGGUAUAUUUGGGCCAAGCCACCACUGACCCAACAAAAUACUUCAGUACUUGCUCUACUGUUCCUUUAAAAAGAUGUUAUUUCACUGAAAUCGAUUUUCAGCAGAGCUUUUUCACCUCCAUUACUUCGGGCCAACUGGCUCAAGGCUGGUAGACGCCGAAUUUUCUGAUGAGAGUUAGGUGCAUAGGAAUCUGUAAACCCUUCUGCUGCUUUUGGAAAUCUCAUGCAGAUGCUUCAAUAUGCUGCUGAAUCAGGACUAUGACCUGCUCCCUGUGGACCCAGCUGUUGGAAGUCACCUGAUAUUGGUGAGAAGCUUUGGAAAGCUAUACAAAUAAAUCCUCCAAAAUGAGCCAUCCCGGUGCUGGGGAGCAUCAAACAGGGCUGGGUUGAAUUUACCACCUCCUAAAGCAUAGAAGAAGGAGAAACUGUAAGAGGGGAGGGAGUGGAAAGGCCUUUAGAGAAUAAAAAAGACACGAACUGACCAGCAGUAAAUGUGAUUAACUAAGCUGCGGGACUGUGUAGCAUGAGAGCGACCGGGACACUGCCAGGAAAAGCCCGAUGGAAGGAGUGCUGCGGUGGGGAGCCAGCGGGACGACGGCCCAUUGCAACCCCAAAUAUUCAUCUGUGAGCUCACAGGCCAGCUAAGUGCUUCCCAAGUGUUUGUGGCCUUUCCCUUUGCCCAGGAAGCAAGAAAAGGAUCGUUCACAUAGUAGAGGCAGGAGAAGACUCUGCCAGGCAGGAGCUGAAAGCCACCACCCUCAAUUUGUACCCAAGGUCCUAACCAUGUUUCCAUGCCCCAGCAGAGCUUUAAAUGAAUGUCUACCAUCACCCUGAAGAGAAGGUUUGGGGAGGAUUACGAGAAGUCAUUUGCUGGAUGGGACUUGCUCCGAAGCUCUCAUUGAAAGGACACAGCUCAUGGAGGUGUUGGAAACAUGUUGUGUGUGGUCUGCGUUGGUCUUUAAAACUCGGAGAUACUUAUGAAGAUGCAUUUGCUUACUGGGGAUUGUUUCCCGUUGGGAAAAUGUUGCUGAAAUCUGUGUGCACAAGUCUGUGGCAGAAGUGGUUCCAGAGCCACUGCUGUCGUGGUAGCAUUUUGUAGAGGAGGGGGUGGGCUUGUUUUUUUUUUGGUGAAAAAAUUCCUAGAUUCCUGUUGGGAAACCAGGUUCCUUUUGCAGAACAUAAGCAGCCCAGGCAGUACUGAAAUUCAAACAGGGGUGGUUGUUGCUGUCCCCCAACAUAAUCAGAUUCUUCGUGCAAUGUGUAAGACCAAAAGCGACGUUUUUAUCCAAUUACAUUGCUGUAAACCACUUUGCUGCAAGAGAAACCUGGAGCCAAUUCCCGAGUCUGUGUCACUUGGUGUAAUGCCAGCAGCGUUGGUUUGCUCGGAUUUCCUCCCACUGAGGAUCUGACCUGCAAGAGCUGAUAUCUCCGGGUGACUCACAGGCAAAUUGCAGGAGGCUGGGGUGUUUUGCAUGGUCAGGCUUUCUGAAAGGAUUAGAGAUGGGUUUGCUUCUGCUCCUCUCGAAGGCUGGGAUUAUUAAGCAUAUCUGUAUGGAAAGAGUGGCAGACACUGUCUUCAUGUAUUUCUAAUUUAAUGAAUGUUUAAUGCUUCUUUUAUUGGAGCCAACAUAUAUGUAGAGUAGAGGACUUUAACAAGGGGUUGACUUAUGUCAAAUAAUUGAUGUUUGAGCUGCUCCUUUUACAUGAAAUGCAGACUUUACAGAGCAAAGAGACUGUAAUGAAAAUAUGAAUUAAAGAUUAGAGCUAAGCAAGUCUGAGAAAACUUAGAAUUAAAAAAAGGCACGUAGAAGUUUUCUUCUCCUGCUUCCUCUCCUUCCCCCCACUUUUUUUUUUAGCUUUCUCCAUCCCCUCUGCUUCUUCGGUAGGGUCCCGCAUCUCAGUCCCAGCCUUCUGUCUCUCCUACCCCUGCACACCUUUGCGAAGGAAAUCAGCACAGCGGUCUCAUUCUGGAUAUUACUGCAUAUUUGCACAUCAUCCUAGCCUGUUACACUUGCAAUCUCGCCAGCCAGUUUGUCUGGAGAGAUUAGAAAAUAUUUUUAUGGUGCAUUUUUUUUCAUCUCUACCCCUGAUUUUCAGGCAGAGUACAUCUCCUGGAGAGCUUGGCUGGCUGGGGGAGGUAAUUUCUUGUGGUUUUUGUUUGUUUGUUUGUUUUCAGUUUCUGUUUGGAAAACCCAUUUGCAAUGUUGAUCUGAAUUAGUACCUAAGAUUGAAGAGCUUAGGCUUGGUCAUCUGCAAAUAAACGCCCAGUGGAAAAGAGGAGGGGACGUUGCUUUCUUUGCUGUGGCUGGUUUUGUUAGUCUGGCUUGGCUCCUCGGCAUCUCUGGCCCUGCUGAUACAGCAAAGCAAGGGCUGGGAAGUUCACUGUGGCACCCUGAUCAUCAGCACCAUGUAGCUGCUGGCACGUCUGAGCCACGGAAAGAACAGCCUGGAAAGCACCAAGCACUGCCAGUGCCCUAGAGGCAGAGGAUUCCAGUGAAACCUGCCCUGUGAGUGAGCAGUGUACCAACCAGCACAAAUUCCAGAUGUGUCAUCCCAUCGAAUACACGAUUUAGCCUUAUUUUUGCGCACAAGAUGGUGAAUAAAAGUUAGAUUUUAUCUCCUAGGAAGGUGGAAAGGCAACCAAGCCUUCCCUUAGAUAUCUCAGAGCCCCUACAGCCCCGUCACAUGUAUCCUAUGCUACGUGAACAAUGUAUUCCUUGUGCAUGGGUCUCACCAGGUUUAUUCUUUUCAGAUAAACUUUAGGAUGUGCGUAUUGGUACCCAUUUCCACCACUGUUAACCAUUUCUGCAACUGGAAUUGCCACAAGGAAUUCAACAAGUAGCUUGGAAAAAAAAAUCUAGAUACGUUCCAGUCCCACAACUGAUGUGAAGUGAUGCAUCUCCUUUACACAUAAAAUAAGCCGUGUUUUCGUCCCAAUUAAGGACAUGUUGUGGCAGCAGUCUUGUGCUGGUAGAGAAGCUGACAGUUCUGAGAGUAAAGGGAGCAGGAGGUGAGGUACCACAAAUAAAAGCACCAGUGUCCUGCGCAGGGCUAGAUCAUGAGAAGUGGUCUGCGUGAGGGCGCACACAGACUUGUCCAAGACUCCUCAAAGCUCAGACUUUUUUUCACUGUUGCUGGUUGAGAGCAUUUGAAGAGGCUGGGGAUGUGCUGGUCAGAAACUGCUGACUCACAGCCGUGUUCCUUGGAAAAAGGCCAGUUAUUGCAAACUGGCUGUUCCUACCUUGGAGAAAAAAAAAAAAAGCUUGGAAUGAUCCGAUGCCCAUUUCAGUGUUUUCAAAAUGCA